GCCCUCCAUCAGCGUUGGCUAAACGUUGGAUACUGCUCACUGACAUCGAGGUCGAAUGACAUGACAUACAUGCCACACGUCCUGUGCAUUGCCUUGCUGGCACUGCCUCCAUGUCGCGACCAAAUGCGGCAACCAGACGCUUCUAUGCAGCUUUUUACGAAUGGUCGCAACUCUUCUCGCCAUGUCUGGCACACAAUGGAAGCUUGCUGUCCCACUCUCGAGCACUCUCGGCGAGCACGCGACUCCGGCAGAGCGUCGAAGGACGACGACCACUCGUUCGAAAGCAUGGGAGAGGAGUGACCAUAAGACGAACCAGCGUACCACCAGCAGCAAACUCGCACGACAAUGUCUUUGAUGGUCUCCCAGAGUUGCGGGAGCCGGAUGGUGACCGAUCAACGUUUCAGAACGGCUGGCGGCGCAUGGAGGUGCGAGAUUCGACCUCGCUACCUUCCGCCCGACCAGAAGCGUGGCACGGGGCUGUCCGCUACCGCUCAAACAACGGUAUGAUGCUAGAGAUGGCCCUGCCACCGGCUGCGCUCGCUGCCCUACAAUCAGCAUACGGUGACAAUCUGAAACGUCUGAAGGAGGAGACUGGCGCUCGGGUAGAGAUCGGUAGUGUGCUAACACGAGACGAUGGUCAAACCGUGAAGUCUGUGUUGAUCUCCGGAACAUAUGACCAAGUUGCCGUGGUGAAACGGGUGUUGAAAGGGCUCCGCUAUGACACCAUUACAAAUCGCACCCCCAUUGGUCGCGACAUGUCGGACUUUGACACCGGGGAGAGGCAUGAGAACGCUAGGCAGGCUAUUUCAUUGAAUGUCAAGCCUUCAGAAGUGUCGGGACUACCGUACAAAUUAUCUAUCAUCAAAGCCAGGAAGUACCCGGUUAGAGAAUCACGGUCGUUUCGUGUUCCAAUUGAGGCUCAACUCGGAGCCCUGCCUGCUACCGAGCAAGAAGGGUCUCCGACUUUUGCACGAUCAAGCAGUACAACGCGGCCGGAGGUUCCAGAGCCGUCCUCAUCCACACCGCAGGCCUCGAAGAGAGCGGUCUUCGGCGGCAAUGUCAAGAACAUCGUGUCUGAGGUAGCCGUACCUCCUGAUACGGUCCAGCCUCUGGAGCCCGAACGCGGAAAUGAUGUUGCAAACGCGACGGGAACAAUUGCAGCGCGGUCACAAGUGCUCCAAGAUAUUGAUACGAACAGCAAUGAGGCGCCUCAUCAUGCAGCUGCGGCAGAUUUACACGUUUCUAUUGACGAAGCGUUUCGGACGAAUGUGCAAGACAUUGCUCCUUCGCAAGCCAAAGGAGAGCUCAUUAGUAACUCGCACUGGGACCCGACAACAGACUGGCCCCAUUCAGCGCUGCAAAGGACCUCGCGAGAGACUAUUCUAGGGCAAGACCAUGGUCAUUGUACCGAUGAUGGACACGAGAUGUCGCCAAUAAUCACGCCAGAGACAUCCGCCCACGGUGAUGAAGCUCGCGCGAGCGUACACGCCUGUCUCGAAGCGAUCAGCCCGAGGCGGGAAGGCUUUAUUGCGGACUCGCGGGCUAUGAUGGCCAGCCGGAGUUUCUCAACGCUGACUGCAACCUCAGCGUCCACGAGCGAAGUUGAUGCUACGAGUUCUUUGCCACAACUUACUAAAGUCGCAUCACGAGUGGUGCGACGCGUCAAGACUGAUGGCUCGGGUCCUUUCGAUGUGGGAUCGAUCUCGGACGCUCCCGUGAACAGCUCACGGUCUGACGUCUUGUCAGGUGCGUUUAUACCGCGCGGUCAGCAAGUACACAAAUGGUGGCCAUACUCCGCACCAGUUGAUAUCGCCAGAGGCAUGAAGGGCACCGUGCUCGGUCGAAGAGGAAUGACACGGCAAUGGAUCGAAGCUCUUUCAGGAGCAAAACUCGGCGUUCAGUCCUCCAACCAGCGAGACGACGGGCUCAAACUUCUUAUGGUGGGCACGCCUGAGGCCGCAGACUUGGCGGUGAAGCUUGCAGAAGAGGUGCGAAGUUUUGCUAAGCGAAUGAACCAUCGCGAGGCAGCCGUCCGGGCGCGCGACGGUGGCGGGUUGGCAAGAUAUCAGCACUUCUAUGAGGCAGAGGUCGAGAUUCUGCCCGACACGAGCGAGAAUCGCAGACAUGAGGUUGCGGAACGACUUAGGCGUCCUCUAGGCGGGGUGCUCAGGCGGAUCACAUACCGUACCGAUGUAUACUUCUGGCGAUCUGACAAAUUGGAGGAACUACAAAGCAGUGAAGGCACCGAUGACGAUGCCCUCGCAGAUGUUGCUGGUAGCCACACGGCUGGGCGAUACUGGCUCAGCGACCCCAAUCGUGAGGCUGUUUUAAAGGCUGUUGAGAUGAUGAGGGAGAAGAUCUGUGAGCAGCUUCCGCCCAACAAUGGCCUGGAGGCGGUCAAGAUCCUUGGUCAAGCGGAAGGGCCUCGCAGCGAUCGCAAGCUUGUCGCAGGCGGCGAUGUCAGAGUCGGUCCUCGUGGGUUUAGGCCGGCAUUGUCUUCAGCGCUUGGUGCGGUAUUGUCACCUGUGCAGUCUUCAAAGUUCGUUUACAAUUAUUCCACGCAUGCCAGCGCUGAAUCCGGGACGGCUGCGGGCGUUGUGCGGUACCAUGGUGACGGACUUAGGCGCCAGAGGCGUGGGUCCAGCCAUGGUAGCCCGGAGAGCUUCCCAGGGCCUGCAAAGGAUAUUGAGCGCACGGGCGGCAUGAGUUCCGAUGUACUCAACUCAGAGAAGCGCCAGACUUCUCCGCCUGCCAAUGACAAGCACAUUCGUGGCCAUUCCGGCUCAUUCAAGAGCCUGGUAACCAAGCCCCCACAUGACCUGUCCAGGGGGUCAGGCCCACAGGUGGCUGUUCAGUUACCAUCGCUGCAGCAGUCCAAUGAUGAGGGGCACCACUUCUUGGACGACGCUUUGGGGUGGAAAGAGAGCGGCGCCGCAGCGCAGGAGUUAUCUUCCUCCGUCGAUGGGCUGUCGAUGAAGACGUUCAUCGAGCUGCCUAACGACUUGAAAAACUACUUCGAAGGUGCAGGCAACAAACUGCGGCGGUGGAUUGAAAGCUACGCUGGAGUGAGGGUCCGCACGAAGGUGGCAGAUCAAGCAGGUUUACGAGUGAUCCACGUCAGCGGCAAGCCCGAUGCCGUGAUUACGGCGGCACAGCUUGUCAAUGAAGUUGUCACUUUUGCUGCGCGAACUAAAGAGAUCAGCAACAAGUCGCAGCCCGAGCACGUGAUGGAUGUGUUGUUGCUACCACGCGGCACAUUCGAGGCUCGAAAGGCGGUGUUUGGGUACAUACUCAGAAAGAAUGGAGACGAGCUGCGGAGGCUGCAAUUCCAGACGCAGACUCGGAUUCUUCAACGUGGCUUCCAAAUCUCUGAAUCAUCAGACAAGGAUGGACCAGUCUUUCCGGGCCUCCUCCGGUUCAUUGGACGGAGAUGGGAGCAUGUCGAAGUCGCUAAAGACAAACUCACGGGACACGUUCUGCAGAUGGCAGAAACGGACUUGAGGCGGUCCGACAUACUCCAGGUGGAAGGUAAGUGGUCGGAGGUGGAUGGUAAGGUGACGGAGGUACUGGAGCAGCCAGGCUCACUGCAUUCCGAGACCUCAUCCAAUGCACCAGAAGGAGCGCCGAUAGAGAAGUUCACGCAGGUCCACCUUGCUCCCACUUUGGAUCCGAACAAGAGACGAAGUGUGCUCCGAGAUCUACAUUUCAACACCUUGCGUCGCUUGGGCGCCGAGAGUGGGUGUCGCAUUACGAGUUUGGAUCACGAGACGGGAAGCUACCUCUUAGUUGGGCCACAGGUGAGCAUCGAGCGCGCCACCAAGCUCAUACAUAUGUGGGUAGAUAACAUGGCCUUGCGUCGGGGUGUCGAACAAGCAGCAAGGGACAUGGAGCUGUCGAGGAUCAUUACCACGGGUGACGUUACUCAGCUUCCUGCAGAACGGGAUGAUGAAGACCAGGACAAUUCACGGCGUAUUCUCCAGGAUUCUACUACCACGACACAAGGCGCUGAGAAGUUGGCGAAUGAUAUGCGCACGGUGCUCCGACCGCUUACGCACCCAGUCGUGCUCAUCACAACACGGGCUUAUCCUUCGACAGGCUACUCGCCCUCUUAUGAUGAAGGCUUGAAGCUCUGCCGCGGCGUCACCGUUUCGUCCUUCACCAGUGUGACAUUGCAACCUGUGCCCAUCGUCUCCUUCAACUUGAAGCUACCGUCACGAACAUGGGAUGCUUUACGUGUCAGUCAGCAGCUGUGUAUCCAUAUCUUCUCGGCGACUCCAGAGGCUGCAGCUAUCACACAGGCUUUCGCCGUACCACAUGAUGAACCCGACGGACCGUUCCGGGUCAUACAGCGGCUGGAUGCUGGUGUGCGUCUAGAUAGGCGCUGGGCGCACCCUCCUAUCGUCAACAAGCGAGGUGCGAUAGUCGCGAGAGUCCUCGCUUCGUUGCUGGUCGACAAAAGCAUCGUUGUGGGUGACCACGUUCUCAUCACGGCCGAGGUGAAAUCUGUCAAGAUUCCUGGGAAACACGAGGACAACAGCAACAUUGCGAAAGGGAUGGAGGAUGUCGAUGGUUUAUCCUACUCCAAACGGGCCUAUAGAAGCUUGGGAGCAGCGAUUCCAGUUCCCGAACUGCCGGCAGCUCCAGAAACUCCUCGUAAGAAGCCACGCAGCCCACCAGAACUGCAGCACGAUCUCAAGUCGCUGGAGGAAGGCUACGCGAACGUCUUCUUACCGCUGGAGAAGGAUAGCUCGCCAAGCCUAGAUAGGCCAGCGGACGCUGCCGGCUUUGACCUGUUCCGCGACCUGCUCGAAGGCUUCGGACAGUCCAUGUCCAGUGAGUCUGCUGGAAUCAUCGAAGACGACGAAGAGUAUGACUUGGGUCUUGCGCCACCAAAACUGCCUGGCAAGGAAGUGAAACCUACCGCGAGUAAGGCGAGGCCGAUCGCAAGUAAUGCGAAACCUAUCGAAAGUAACGCGCCAAUCACUCAGCAGUCUACUGGUAGGACCCUCGAUACCGCUAAAGCACGACGGCGUUUCCGCCAAUUUGGUAAUAUGCGCCACUUCUCAUCUACACCCGUGUUUCGCAGAUCAGAGCAAAAGCGGCAAGCCGAUGUCUCAGACCUCGUAAGCGACAAAGCCAUCCUCUCACACACUAUAGAAGAGUUCCUCGGCCACACCGGUGAGCAGCGGUCACCACAACGCAUACGUGCGCUGCUCAAAGCGAAAGAUGCUGCAGCGCGAGCCGCACGAGAGCUGCAAGAUGCGCUUGCUGACGGCACGUUAACCUCAGAACGCAGCCUGAAGUUGGAACAUACCAUCACGGUUAACGAGCGCUUCGUGGCAAAGAAGUUGGCCGUACGCUCUGCGGAUGAACUACGUAGGAUGCUCGACACUGGUAAAGCGGAUCUGAGGCGAGCACAAUGGCUAGAGACUGCCAUUGAGAAAGGCAUGGUAGUGUACGUGGAGGAGGCGCGACACGUUCGCCUUAUGUAUGACGAAGGCAAAAUCGAUGACGAGACAUUCUUGAGGGCGAAGCAGAGGCUUGAACGCGAGCAUGGCGCGCUUAAUCAAGAGGCGGCAAGACUCAGGGCCAUGAUCGACGAUGACGAUGGCGCCUUCUAUGGCGACUCUGUCGUGUGAUCGUGGAUCUCCGAGAUCCGCCCGUCUGACAUUCGCUCUGCUGGGUCCGCCGCAAUUGAAUCCGCAUUAUCACAAAGCUCAGCGCUGCUACUGAUGCGCAAUAUCAAGUUCCACGCUUCUGCACUGCCAUUCGCUGACUUCUGCGCCAAAACUUGGUAGCCGGCUCCUAGGUACGCCUACUUCGGUGCAUGUGCAUACCACUACCGUCUGACGUCGUCCAUUGCCUCGACUCAGGUCGAGCAUAUUGGUAUCCGAUCAUCGUUGUAGUGUCC